GUCAGGAGCUAAGUACCUCGAACAACAAUAAUUCAACUAAACCAACCAUAUUUUGUUCUUCAUUGGCUAACGUGCGCCAUCUCUGGCCUUUCAUUGAACCCGUAAUAAAAAGAUUGUUGAUUUGCCACUGAAGUUGACUGCCCAGUAUACCCUUCACCUAGUUUCUUAAACUUUGAACACAAUCACCUUACACAGAUCCCAGUAAAAUCAACGGUAUUUUGAAGUGAAGAGUUAGUUAAAGAUAGCAACUUUCAAUCCUCGUUACCUGCUGGAUUCAGUUUUUUUCUUUUUUUUUUUCUCUGUUCUUUCUUCAAAAGCUGUCAGAGAUUUUAUCUUAAAGGAAUUGGAAGUAGAAAUGGAUGGUUACUCUAUUGCCCAAGCAUGCACCAUAAAUGCAGAAUCUGGCAAAGGUUAUGUAGAUGAUGGAAACUUAUCUGGUGGAAGGGGCACACAAGAUAUUGAAAGUACCAUGGAAGUUUUAACCAGAGCAGACUUGGACUUGGGAUUUUCUUCUGAGAAGUUGGUGAAUUUGCAUGGCCUUUUAAUGCAUCUAUUGGCAUGGGAUAACAAUCUUGAGGUAAUGGCAGAAUACAGCUAUAUCUCAGCAACAUCAGUUGAGAGGGCACUUGAAUUUGAUCUUCUAUCUGGCAUUUUGGAUUCUGAGUUAAGAGUGGUGGAGAAUUUCACAGAUAAUAUUCAAGCAGAAAUUGUUGAUGCUCGUCAUAAAAUAUCUUCAUGCAGACACUCAGCAAAAUUAGUUGCUAUUAUUGAGAAGAAACUGCGUGAUUCUGAGGAAUCAUUGAAGAAGACUCAAGAGCGUUUCAUAGAGGCGAAGAUGCAAACGGUCAAGUUACAGAGGUUUUUUUCAGCUUUCAAACUCGAGAACUGGAAAGAUGAUAACUCCACGGAGCUAUCAGCCAAUGGUCAACUGCCAAACAUCAAAACCAAUUCAAAAAGACAUACAGCCGAACAAAAAAGACAUAUUCUAAGAAUGUUGGAGAAAUGUCUUGCUAGAGAACUAGAUCUUGAAAAGAAUUUAUCUGAACUAAGAAGGAAUGAGGAACAGCUGAAACUAAAACUUCACUACACAGAACAGGUAGCUUUGCACAUGGAAGAAGCAGCAGAAGUGGUCUGGGGAAGAUUUUUAGAGGCAGAAAAUGCUGCUGAGGUUCUCAUGGGGAUUUCAAAGGAAAUGGCUGGCCGACUUCAGAUUUUUCAGUUUAACCUGAAUGGUUCAUUCCAACGAGAAGCUGAACUGAAAUCACAACUCCAUAGUUGCUUAGAACAACUAGAUGCUAAAGAUGCUGCUUUGAAGAAGCUAGAGGGCAAAAUUGGCGAACACAUAGCCAAAAGCUCUCAAGUGCCCUCUUUGAUGGAAAAAGUAAAUUCACUUGAGGAACAACUGAAAAGAUCUGAAUUACGAUUAAAGCAUGCAAAUGACUUCAUUGAAGAAAGUCAAGAGCAAGUUAGUGAGAUGGUAAGCAUAGUGGAGAAAAUGAAAGAAAGCAUCUACGAAGCAGAAAGUAGGGCUGAGACUGCAGAGGCCAAAGUGACACAGUUAACAGAUACAAAUUCGGAACUCUCAGAUGAAAUUAGUUUUCUUAAAAGUAGCGCAGAGAGUAAUACCAAAAAGGUGAGCUUACUUGAAAAGCAGGUUAGGGAAUUAGAAAUCCAAGUUCAGCAUUCAAAGGCAUCAUCUGAAGCAAGUCAAGAACAACAAAAUAUGUUAUAUGCAGCAAUAUGGGACAUGGAAACAUUAAUUGAAGAUCUAAAAUCUAAGGUAUCCAAAGCUGAAAGUAAGACUGAGACUGUAGAGGAUCAAUGCAUAUUGUUGUCUGAAACUAAUAUGGAACUUGAUAAAGAACUAAAUUUCUUAAGAUCUAAAGUGGAAGGCUUGGAGGCUUCUUUGGAUCGAGCUAACAACUCAAAAGCAACAAGUGCAAAAGAAAUUAACUUGACGACCACACUUAUCAAGGACACAGUCAUGCAACUAUCCAGAGAAAGGGACUACAUCCAGAAUCAGCUGUUUUCUUUGAUGAAGGAGAACAAAUUACUGGUGGAGAAGUUAAGAGAUGCUUCUAUAACCGGGUUCAAACAUGGAGACAAUGACAAUAAAAAGGUGCUCUUUUCAGAAAAUGGCUUAUCUAAUCAAACUUGCUGAAAGGCUACUUGGAAACCAAUUUCCUUAUCUACAAGUCCCCAGGCAGAAUCAGAUGGAUACACGUCUACAGAUAUGUAAGCUGACAUGAGGUUGGAGCAGGCAGUUCCAAUUCCACGGAUGAAAUUCCUGACAUGUUCUCAAAACGCAAAGUAGAGAGGACUGAUGAACAGGCAAGGCGUGCUAACCAAACACUCGGAUUUAAGGCAAAUUUUGUUGCACUAAUUGCAUUGAUAGUCAUAUGUUUCCUACGCCAGAAACCUGUCCUAUUUGAGAAUUUGUGAUGGCUAGGUGAAAUCUUGCAUUUGACAAGUGUUGUACUAGUGUGUUGUUGUUCUGUUUCAUAGUUGUGCACAUAAAUCUUCCUCCCUCUUUUUCUUCAUUUAUUUUCUUUUUGGGUGCUAGUCGUUGUAAAUUAUAUAUGUUUAUAAUGAGGAAGUUGCACUAUCAAUUCUUUGAAUGUAAAAUGUAAAAAUAUAACUGACUGGCUUUUCAUCCCAAUGCGAUUCUUGUAUUCAUAUA